AUUACUAUUCCGGAACCGGAAAUAGAUAUCACUCUGCUAACAGGAAGUGAGGCGUCCACCUUAUAAACAUUCUCCACUUGUACUUUCCGUUUGACCGAAUCCUUCCCACUUUGACAGCUUCAUUCCUUUCAUUAUAUUUCUCAAUAUGUCGCUAACGCUAGAUGAUAAACUUCUGGGAGAGAAAACACAUUAUUACUGUAGUAGUAGUGAAGAGGAAGAAGAAGAAGAGAAUGAUCUAGGAGACGACGAUGCAGGAACAAAGAAAUCGAUUCGUGAACCUACUUUUAUUCCUGAACCAGAGAUUAAAGAAUAUGAAGGAACAUGUACAAAUACAGGUGUGAAAGGAGUCAUCAAUGAUUGGCGUCAAUUUAAAAAGCUGGAGACCGAGAAAAGGCAUGAGCAGGAACGCGAGAGGCAUGCGUUGGCCAAGAAACUCACCUUGACCUGCAGGUCUCAUCUUGAUGAUGAGAAAGAGGAAGAGAAGGAUAAUAGAUUCAUGCAAGAUAUUGAGAAAGAACUGGAAGAGUUAGAGGAUGAGUUUAUCAAAGAGUAUCGCAGAAGAAGGUUAGAGGAAAUGAGGAAACAACUAGAUAACAUACCAAAGUUUGGAAAAGUAAUCAACUUGGCAUCAAAUAAUUUUGUAGAUUCUAUCGAUAAGGAGAAUCCCAAUGUCACCAUCAUUGUACAUAUAUUUGAAAAUAAUAAUGAAGCUUGUGAAGCUAUGGAUGGCUGCUUGUUAUGUCUGUCGCAGGAGUAUCCAACCAUCAAAUUCUGUCGAAUCAGUGCCAGAGAUGCUAAACUAAGCCGCAGAUUUUCCACAGAGGGAGUCCCUGCACUACUGAUAUACAAAGGUGGAGAAAUGAUUGGCAACUUCAUUGCACUCAGUAAGGAGUUUGGUGAAGAUUUUUUUGCAACAGAUAUUGAGAGUUUCCUCCAAGAACAUGGAUUCUUGCCUAACAGCAAUUCUGUUGAUGCUGUGAUCAAAGCCAGCAAAACGGUCAGAGAAAGUGAAUCUCCUGUAUUUGACGACAGUGACAAUGAAAACAGUGAUUUUGAUGUGGACUAUUGAGAAAAGCUCUCACUCUCUCUUGCUCUCUCCCUCUCUCUCUUUCUCUCUCUCUUUCUAUCUGUUUCUCUUUCUACCUCUCUGUCACAACAUUAUAUCACUUGUUCUCCUGUUCGUUUCCAUGAAGAAAACUGACCUUUUCAUUGUUGAAACAUAAACUUUCAAAUUAGAAAGCUUCAACAAAGAACUUAUAAUGUGAAGAAAAGAAUAUAUAUAAAAAUAAAAGUGAAACAGAGUAAGGAAAAAAAACCCCACAAAACACCAAACGAAAAUGAAACCAAAGUUAUGGCAAGUGACAUUUUGUAGGUAUUGUUUGUUGUUGUUGUUGUUCAUACAUUCAAUGUACGUAUUUUCAUUCAUUUCUUUUUCCUUUGUUUUUCUCUUUUAAUAUCUGAAAAUGUUGUCUUUGAAGUAAUUGUUGAUAAAUAGGCAAGAGCUUUGUCUUUUAGAAAAGUAGCUUAACAAACAAUAAUGGUAAUAAAAAUAAUAAAACAC